CGGGCAGUCCGAGCUCCGGGACACCCAGCUGGAGGAGUGGGAGGAGGUCCUUCCAUCACCCCCCAUGCGCUCUGACAGUCUGAGCUUCAGGAGAAAACCUGACUAGUAGCGGAGUUGCAUCUCUGGACUUGUACCUCAACGCCAGCGGAAUAUAACGGGACAAACCUUCGGCACGUUUGUUUCUUCCUGCAGAGCGUGUGCACCCCUCCCACCCCGUACUUUUUUUUUCUUGUUGCGGGAUUAAUUUUAGGAAGGCUGAUUGUUCUUUGCAACGGUAGCUGGAGUCGUCCUCGUGAAGGAAAACACACGGCGUGAGGAGAGUUUGGCUCCGGUCCACAGCUCUCCUUCCCUCCCUUCCUCCCUCCCUCCUGCGACUGGCACACAGAGACGAGUGUGAGAGACCCAGCGAGGGAACGUGGGAAAGAGGAAGACCAUGUACCAGACGCUGCUCCUUUCCUCCUCCCUCUUCAUCCUUCACGUUAUGGGCACUCCCCAGUUCUUCGCUCACCACGGGAGGAGGGUGUGUGGCCGGGACCUCCGUCCCAACGUCGUCACGGCAACCGAGUCGCACGUCCAGCCCGUGUACAAGCCCUACAUCACCCUGUGUCAGGGGCAUCGCCUCUGCAGCACGUACAAGACUACGUACUCAGUGGUGUACCGGCAGGUGAGCAGAGUGGUGUCCUCUGCACAUUUCUACCCAGAGUGCUGCCCGGGCUGGAGGAGGUUUCACUCUCACGACUGCAACCAAGCUGUGUGCGGCCGGCCUUGCGCAAACGGAGGUACUUGCUCAAGACCCAACCAGUGCGCCUGCCCCCUCGGCUGGACGGGCCCCCAGUGUCAGACAGAUGUGGACGAGUGCAGCGAGCGGCAGCAGCAACAGCAGCAGCGGCCUCGGUGCGCACAGCUGUGCGUGAACACAGCUGGCAGCUAUCGGUGUGCGUGCGGGGACGGCUUCAGGCUCGACGGAGACGGCCGUUCCUGUCAAAGCCUCCCUCCUCCUCCCACCCGUCGUCCAGCCCCUCCCACGGCCGCUCCCUCCCCGACCAGCCGGGCAGCAGUGGGUGGUCAAACCGACGCGGGUGGAGGCUUCGCCGCGGUGGAGAACGUCACGGAGGAGGUGCAGAGCCUGAGGAACCGAGUGGAGCUCUUGGAAAAGAAGCUGCAGCUGGUGUUGGCGCCCUUCAGCAGCUUCUUCCCGCUGUCGCUGGACGAGGGCCUGUCUGAGAAAACCACCCUCCUGUCCCACUCCUUCCAGCAGCUCGACCGCAUCGACUCCCUGAGCGAGCAGAUCGGCUUCCUGGAGGAGCGCCUCGGCACAUGCUCCUGCCAGGAGAACUAGCCGCCCGGCCGAACACGGUCCACCACUUUCCUCUCACCUCCCACGAAGUCAGUCAACGCCACCAGCCCUCAGAGACGCCAAUCGCCGCCCGGUUUCGUCUCUGGUUUCCACCGCUCCCGACAGGUUCACCUCCGCUCCGUUACGUCACGCCCCGCAGCGUCUACAUGGAACCCUCCGGGGGUCAAAGGCCAAACCAGCCUCCUGUGUUAUUGUUUGGCGUCGGUGCAGCUGCGUCCAGACGGGACGCGGACGUCUGUAUUUAUCUAUUUAAGUUAUGAGUACCUUUAGUUACUGUUUCUCAGUGCUCCAGUAAGACGUUUGUACUGUUUUUUGUAACAUUUUGUAAUAAAAAUAAAAACUGUUUUAAUCAGAA